GGAGCGCAAACACUAACCCGGAAGCUCUCACUUCAACACGGGUGUUCUUGUGCGUUGAAUGAACGUGAAGCAGCAUCUGCGAAGGCAGUGAAGUCAACGGUGUAACUUCAAACGGACUUCUUUUUUUUAAGUAAACAAGGCAGUAAACGACAAAAUGAGCCUUUUAAACAAGCCAAAGUCGGAGAUGACCCCAGAGGAGCUGCAGAAGCGUGAGGAGGAGGAGUUCAACACUGGACCCCUGUCCGUCCUCACACAGUCGGUCAAGAACAACACGCAGGUCCUCAUCAACUGCAGAAACAACAAGAAGCUUCUCGGCCGUGUCAAAGCUUUCGACAGACAUUGCAACAUGGUUCUGGAAAACGUGAAGGAGAUGUGGACGGAGGUACCCAAGAGUGGCAAAGGCAAGAAGAAGUCGAAGCCCGUGAAUAAGGAUCGCUACAUCUCCAAAAUGUUCCUGAGAGGAGACUCGGUCAUUGUGGUGCUGAGGAACCCUCUCAUCACAGGCAAAUAGACUGUCAGAGUAACACAUGCGCACCCCCUUUCCUUUUGGUUGAGUCAAGUCUGGUCGAAUGCAAGCCUGCACACAUGCAGUUGCAGAGAAUCAUUGUGUUUGUAUUUGAGAUGUUUGAUCUAUGGAACGAGCGAAUCUACCUUGGUUGUUUACCCCCCUCACCCUGAUUUGCUUUCUUUACAGUUUUAGUUUAAUACUUUUCUAAAAUAAACAUGGUGACUAGA